CCACAUGUCAUGGCUGACGAGGAGCUGGGCGCCCGAGCUGCCAAAAAGGGAAGUUUGUCACCCACCAGCCCCCGGGGCAGCACAACGGAGUCAAGCACCCUGCUGCAGGAGCUGAAGAGCACCAUCUCGUAAGGGCAGCUCUUCCAGUCAAUCUGUGUUACCAAAUGUGGGUUAAUUUAAUAAGGUUGAUUAAUUGUCAGCCCCGGGUACCAAAAGGAUGAGUGUGGUGGUGCUUUGGAGCAUUGGCACUGCAGAGGGGCAUGGACCACCGCUUGGGCCGGUGCUAAGUGCUGAACACAGAGCACAGCCCUGUGCUGCGCUGCCUCUUUGGGUGCAGAAUCAGUUGAGAGCUCCGCAGUAGCACAGACUGGUGUGCAGUGAACCUGUGGGAUGUGGGUUUAUGCCCGCUCUGCCCUCCCUGGGGUUAGGUUAGAGCACGCAGCUCUAGAAUGGGGUUGUGGGUGCACAAGGAAGCCCAGAGCACGGGGCUGUGAUGACCCGUGGGUGCAGGCAGCUUUGACUUCUGGUGCUCCAGUGUUCCCAGUGACUGGUGUGUGGUCCGGAAGGGCCUGGGCAUGGUGGAACCAGCCUUGGGAGCCCUAAGCAGCGGCUGCAGUGGCUGCUGCUGGGUGUUCCUGCUCUGCCCUAACCCCUUUUGUCUCUGUCCCGCACAGCAAAGCCGUGCAGAACAAAGUGGACUCCAUCCUGGUGAGUGCCUCCGUGGCACAUUGCGCUGAGGCAAGAUGUGCAGAAGUUCUCAGACAAUGACAAGCUCUAUCUCUACCUUCAGCUGCCGACGGGACCGAGCCUGGGGGAGAAGAGCAGCAGCCUGGACCUGAGCUCACUGAGCACAGCUGAGUACAUGCAUGCGUGCAACUGGAUCCGGAAUCACCUGGAGGAGCACACGGACACCUGCCUGCCCAAGCAGGACGUCUACGAUGCCUACAGGAGGUACUGCGAGAACCUCUGCUGCCGCCCGCUGAGCGCCGCCAACUUCGGCAAGAUCAUCCGGGAGAUCUUCCCUAACAUCAAAGCCCGGCGGCUGGGGGGCCGCGGGCAGUCCAAAUACUGCUACAGUGGGAUCCGGAGGAAGACGGUGGUCAGCCUGCCACCCCUGCCCAGCCUGGACCUCAAAGUGACAGAGACCCAGUCGGAGCUGACGGAUCUGGUGCAGUCCUACAACAUAGAGGUGAUGGAGGCAGCCUGUGCCCUGACCUGCGACUGGGCCGAGAAGAUCCUCAAGCGCUCCUUCAACAACAUCGUGGAGGUGGCCCAGUUCCUCAUCCAGCAGCACAUCAUCAGCUCCCGCUCGGCCCACGCCGACCUGGUCAUGGCCAUGGUGGUCUCAGAGGGGACAGAGAAGAUCCCCCGUGAGGGCCGGACCCCAUCGGCAGCCAGGAAGAGCAGCGUGGACACCUCCGAGAGCGGAGACAAGAGCCAGGGGCAGGUCAAGAAGGAUUCCGGCCCCAAGGCUCCCGGCCCGGCCCGAACAGACAAGAAGAAGCCCCCGGAGCCCCCGAAGGCAGCCCCCAGCCCCCAGGUGAACGCCUUGGUCGCCCGCCUGCCCCUGCUCCUGCCCCGCAUCUCCUCGGGGGAGCGCCCCAUGGCUCCCGGGGCCGCCGCCGUCCGCUCCUCCCCUCCGGUGCUGGCGCCCAAGCUGACGGCGGCGCCGCUGGGGGGGGGCACGGUGAAGGUGGCGCUGCCGCUGCCGGUGGCCGCCGCCUCCCCGGCGCUGCCGCUGGGGCUGCGGAGCCCGCAGGCAGCGGUGCCGGUGCUCAACGUGCUCCUCCCCGGCGUCAGCAUCCCCGCGGCCGAGAGCCCUGCCAAGCCGCGGAGCGCGGGGGGCGGCGAGGGCCCGGGCCCCGGGGACUCCGCGCACCCCAAGGCCAGCAAGAGGCACCCGGAGCCGCCCGGCGCCGCCGUCCCGCACAAGCGGCGCCCCGGGAGGCCGCGGAAGAGGCCGGAGGAGGCGGUGGAGCCCCGAGCAGGCGGCGCCGGGGGCUCCGGGGCCGCCGAGGGACGGGAGCGCGCACCGGAGGCGCAGCGGAGCCCGAGCGAUGCCGGGGCCGAGCCCGCGGCCGGGGGGGGCUCUCCGGGGCUGUGCGCGCACCCCGGCACUUAGCACCGUGCCCGCGCCCGUGCCCGUGCCUUGCAGCCGCCAUUAAAACCCGAGCUUUGUCCCA